AUGUUUCCAACACGAGCGCAAAGCGCAAAGAAGAACCUGCUGUUAUGCUUUGAUGCAUUUGGGACGCUGUUCCAGCCCAACACCCCUAUCCCAAGAGCGUACGCUCAAGCUGCUAUUCGUCAUGGAGUAAAAUGCGACACAAGAAAUCCUGAGGCGGACGUUGGUAGCGAGUUCAAAAGAGCGUUCAAGGAAAGUUCAAAAACAAGUCCAAAUUAUGGCAAAGCAACAGGGCUGGGCGCAGAGAAGUGGUGGAGGAAUGUCAUUCACAGCACAUUCCAGCCAUGGUUAGAACCAGGCCAGGACGUGCCGCAGGCUCUGGUGGAUGAACUCCUGACUCGCUACUCGACCAAAGAGGGCUACGAUAUCUUUCCAGACGUCAAGCCGUUCUUCCAGAUGCUGCGCGACAAGUCAUCAACUGACGUUGAAGUUUGGCCCUGGCAGACGACUGUCGUUGGGAUCAUCACGAACUCAGAUGACCGAGUACCUGGUAUUCUGGAAUCAUUCGGUCUUAAAAUCGGCCCAAGAAGAGUGGGCACACCAGACCAGCGCACUGCAGAAGCUGCUUUGGAAGACGACGCCAGUUUCGUCGUGCUUAGCUACGAUGUCGGUGUUGAAAAGCCCGAUCGUGGCAUGUAUGACGCCGCCGUUGAUUCGUUGAAAGUAUUGUUGACUGGCAGAGACGACGGACUGAAGGUGGAUGAUUUCGAGAAGCUGUACGUGGGGGACUCGCUCGAGCACGACUUCUUUGGUGCCAAGAGAGCUGGGUGGAAUGCUCUUAUGCUGGAUCGUAGCGAACACUACAAGACUGAUUUUGCAAAAAAAGGCAAAGACCUUGUGAGCACGCUGGUGAAGCAUACAGCGAGCGACAAGUUUGCAAAGGUGGCCAUGAUUAAGAACCUCCAAGCACUGAGGGACUGGCACCCGGCGGACUCUAGAAAGUCAACUCCUACCUCCCAUGGUUCCGACGAUGAGAGUGCGGUUCCAAGUAGUCCUGAGCGCAAGCAGGACUAA